AUGUCGUCUGGAAGAAAGAUAACCCUAAGGAGCAGCGACGGUGAGUCGUUCGAGGUCGACGAAGCCGUAGCUUUGGAGUCGCAAACUAUUAAGCAUAUGAUAGAGGACGAUUGCGCCGAUAACGGAAUUCCGUUGCCGAACGUAACAAGCAAGAUAUUAGCGAAAGUUAUCGAGUACUGCAAGAAACACGUCGAAACUCCGAAAUCUGAAGAUCGUGGAACUAACAGCGGUGAUGAUGAGCUUAAGACUUGGGAUGCUGAGUUUGUCAAAGUUGACCAGGCUACACUUUUUGAUCUUAUAUUGGCUGCCAACUAUUUGAACAUCAAAGGCUUGCUGGACUUGACAUGCCAGACUGUUGCAGACAUGAUCAAGGGAAAGACUCCAGAGGAGAUUAGGAAGACUUUUAACAUCAAGAAUGACUUUACACCCGAGGAGGAGGAUGAAGUUCGUCGUGAGAACCAGUGGGCAUUUGAAUGA